AUGUCGGGGGACGACGACGGCCCUGGCGGGUCUCACUACGUGGCAGAGUUCGUGCCUCCGCCCGAAUGCCCCGUCUUCGAGCCCAGCUGGGAGGAGUUCAGCGACCCCCUCGGCUUCAUCGGCCGCAUCCGGCCCUUGGCCGAGAAAACGGGCAUCUGCAAGAUCAGGCCUCCCAAGCUCCCUUUCAUAUCUACGCAAGAAUUUCUUCAUUUCCUGAAUCUCAGCGAUUCUAAAUCUUUUAUCCUUAUAAUAGAAGGAGAUCCCUUCUGGGAACUCCCAUCUAUAUUGUAUAAAACACUGUGCCACAAACCAGCAGAAAAGGGAGAAAAACCAGAAAAUGAGGAUAGAUACAAUAAAGAUGAGCAAACACUCUUAUUACAGGUUGAAGCUCUUCAAGCUCAGCUGGAGGAACAGGCCAAGCUGUCCAAGGAACAGACUGAAGCAUUGCUGGAGGACAGACGGAUCCGAAUAGAAGAGUCUCUGGUCCAGCAUCAGAGGGACCAGGAGAAGAUCAAAGAGCUUACUCAGAAUUACCACAAAGUUCAGAACCUGCUGCACGAGAGCACCAGAGAUUUUCUCCAGAUGAAGUUUGACGCACGGGCAAAUGAGAAAUCCUGGAUGGCAGAGAAGGACAUGCUGCUGAGGAAGCUGGACAAAAGAAAAGGAGCACCCAAGUGGAGCAGGAUCCGGCGGGACAGCGGCCGAGGUCGGGAGGACAUCAAGAGAAGGCAGGACGGCGGCCGAGUGUCGGAGGACAUCAAUAGAAGCCAAGACAGCGGCCGGCGAGACAGUGGCCAAGGUUCAGGAGACAUCAGGAGAAGGCAGGACAGUGGCCAGCAAGGCAUCAGCCCUGGGCGGUGGGACAGCAGCCCGGAGCAGUGGGACAGCAGCCCCGAACAGUGGGAAAGCAGCCCAGAGCGGUGGGACAGCAGCCCGUACCGGUAUUCUAUUGGCAGAGUUUCUCCUGGCAGGAGGAAAAUGCAAGACAGAGGUGCCAAGCACGUUUCACGAGCAGAGCAUGAAUGCCGUAAACGGUACUGUGCAGAGAUUAAGAGGCUACAGGAGCGAUUAACACAGGAACAGCGGCUAUCAAACAUGUUCCGAGAGCAGUGCGUUUCCCUGGAAGAGCAGCUGGCUAAGAUUCGAGAGGAAGGAGAUGUAGGACGAGAGAUCUUCAAGGAACGCUCAGAAAAGAUGGGGAAGCGCCUGCAGCUGAUGACCCAGCGCUAUGAGGCCUUGGAGAAGCGGCGUUGCAUGGAGGUGGAAGGCUUUAAGACAGACAUCAAACAACUUCGGCAAAGUCUGAAGGAGGUAGAGCGACUGCUUUUCAAGGUGACGGCAACUGCGGGGCCAGAGCAAGACCUUGCAAUUCUGCAGGAAGUUCGCCAGGGGAAUAGGAGAACUAAAAAAAUUCAAGGGGAAUUGAAAAAUUUAAAGUCAAAGAUCUAUGGGCUAGAAAAUGAGCUCAGAGCCUGCUAAUAAGAGACACGCCGGCCAACACCAGUGGCAUAUAGAUAAAGGCCAUUGUUGCAACAGCUUUCUCGUAUCUUUAUUUUGUGACACCACGUGGAGCUUACUGUGGCUCUAGGAUGUAACUUUAUACUCCAGGACUUAAGGAACCCAUUAAACCUAAUGUGAGGUUUGGAAGGAAACUCUCUUACUUUAUUUUUAUUUUUAUUUUUUUACAUGGGUUUAGAAUUGGCUUCCUGCUUUUCUCAAUGUCAGUUUAUGCACAGAUUGAGCUGGAGUCAUUGGCUAACUUUUACGUUGCUCUUGCAGCUUGCAGGAAUGUUUUUAUCUGUUCUAAGAAUGAUGCAAUAUUCAGGCAUCUCCAGAAACCAGCUCAAGUAGAUCUCAUACUAUGUGUGUCAGUGGUUAUUAAAAAGAGGGAAGUGACUUCCCUAUGUCCCUCAGAAAUUACUCUGUAAUGGGUGGGUGACAGUUUGUAUGAAGAGAAGCCCUUGGUUACAUCCACACUUGUGGGCAGUAUUCAGCUAAAUAGUUGCGCAAGCAGAACACCUUUUACUCACACAGCGGAACUCCACACACUUCCCGCGUAUGUGCGUGCCCUACACAAUCUCCAGAUCUGCUCUGUUGUGUUGCAGGGCAGGAAGAAAAUUAAGAACCCCAAAGAAUUUGCUUCCAAAGAAAUGCGACUCGAAUCGGGUUGUACAAGUGCUGCUUCAGUUGUGGGUCUCGCUUAGUAUUUUCUUACAGAAUAUCUUCUGCUGCAAGAUACACACUUGAAGUGUUGUGAGGCAGCAUCAUUUGUCCCCUGCUAUAGCAUUAAACUUGACAUUAAUUUAACAUUUCUCUUGGUAUUUGUCACCAAGGCUUCCAUUUCCUACGACCUCUGCACGCCGAAAUGCAAGUCUUAAUGCAAGCAAUUGCUUGCCUUUGACCAAUAUCUCACACUUGGUUUCCAUACUUUUUCCUAGAGGGAAGUGCUUUCCAUGCAGGAAAUAUAUAACCUUCCAAGUGAUCCUAUCUGAAGUCUUAUCCCUUUUGAGGUUUCUGGUCUCCAUUCUCUUGUGGCUUUGUGUGGGUGCUCAAAACAGCCAUAUCACAGUGCUGCUAAUGUGUAAACGCUAACAUGCACCUCCAGACAGAAUUCACAACAAAAAUCACUGCAGCUGGAAAGUCUGUUUGCGCCUCGUUGCUUUCUUUAAAGAAAGCCAGCAGUUAUAGUAAGCAAGUAGCUGAGAAUGCAAAACAGCAGGCAGGCAGAUGGAUUUUGGUUUUUUUCCCCUUAGAAAUCUGACACGGUGAGCAAGAGUAAUGUAGAUGAGACUGUUUGCACUGCAAAUAUUAAAUGUGAUGUGUUAGGUGCUCUUUGCCUGCACCGGUAACAUAAUAACAUCAAAACUAUAUUCUCGUCUGGCUUGAACUGGAUUGUAAUGAUUUGGACAUGCUUACACACAACACCUUGAGGAUCUCUGAAGAGCAACAUGCUGUACAGUAACUGAACAUGCCUUAGCCGUGUCUCUUUGUAUUUUGUACCUUCUGUGCUAUACCUGUCGAUUUCUUCAAAUUUUAUAAUAAAAUUAGAGUUGAAACAGU